AUGUUUGUGUUGAUUACAUCAUUAUGCUCAUAUUUAUACAAAGAUUCUUUAAUCAAUAUUUUACUUAUCUUGGAAACAUUACCAUGGUGGUGGACGUCGUUGUUUUUUUGCAUUCUUUUCACUCUCGUUUCCCUACCAUUUGCUUGGGGAUACAUUUUAUUGAAUAUUGCAUGUGGAUUUUUGUAUGGAUUUGUUUAUGGUGUUAUGUUCAUCAUAAUCUAUGCUGGAAUUGGACUAUCCAUCUCGUUUUUCGCAUGUCGAUUCAUAUUGUCACAUAAUUAUUGUGUGAUUAAAAAUGUCAAGACGACAUUUGAAAAUAGUGAAAUUAUUCAAACAAUGAUCAAAGUUUUAAAUAGUGCAGAUGGUUACAAAAUUAUUUUUCUAAGUCGAUUAACUCCGAUUCCUCUUGGUUUACAAAAUGGCUUUUACUCGAUUAGUAACAUCCCGUUUCGCAUUUAUCUUUUCUGGUCAUUAUGUGGAUUAAUUCCAACACAAGUUAUCUAUUGUUCACUUGGUUCGCGUCUUCAUUCGAUGACUGAUUUGAUCUUAAUUGACAAACAACGAGCCCAUCGACUGAAAACGAUUACCAAUAAUGGUGAUUUUCCUCACUUAGUAAUCUUUGGUCCCGAUGGUUCCGGUAAGAAAACUCGCAUUAUGUGUUUACGCCAUGAACUUUACGGCGAGGAUGUUCAUUCGGUUCGACUUGAAAAUCAUCAAUACGAAACUUCGUCACAUAAAAAAUUCGAAUUAACCACCAUCGGGAGUCAUUCUCAUACGCAAGUCAAUCCAAGUGGUGUAGGAAUAUAUGAUCGAGUCGUUGUGCAAGAGUUAAUAAAAACAAUUGCACAAACAAAACAAAUCAUCAGCAAUGAACAACAAUCAUUUAAAGUUAUUGUUAUUGUCGAAGUGGAUAAAUUAACACGUGAUGCACAGUAUAGUCUGCGACGAACUAUGGAGAAGUAUAUAAAUUCAUGUCGAUUGAUUCUUUGCUGUAAUUCAACCUCUCGAAUUCUACCUGCUAUUCGUAGUCAAUGUUUAGCUGUACGAGUAUCUGCUCCAACUGACGAUGAGAUCAAUAUUGUUCUACAGAAAGUAGCACGUUGGGAAGGUGUUCAAUUGCCGAUUGCUUUGGCGAAACGUCUUGCCGAGAAAAGUGAAAGAAAUCUUCAGCGAGCUCUAUUGAUGUUUCAAACAUGUGCUAUAAAAAAAGUUCCGCUGACAAAAGAUCAAAAGAUACUUGUGCCAGAUUGGGAGGUGUAUCUUCGCGAGACGGGUCGAAUGGUUGUCGAACAACAAACACCAGAACGACUCUUAGAAGUUCGCGAACGUCUGUAUGAAUUGAUUGCACAUGGUAUUCCAGCUGAAGUUAUUUUCAAAGGUUUAUUGUUCGAGUUAAUAGUAAAUUGUGAUGAAGUAAUUAAGAGCCAAGUGACAAGCCUAGCAGCUGAAUAUGAACAUCGCAUUCGACAAGGUUCAAAACAUAUCUUUCAUCUCGAAGUAUUUCUAGCUAAAUUCAUGUAUAUUUACAAACAACACGUUGAACGCACUGCAGCACUCGUUAUGGAUGAAACCUACUGA